AAGAUGGCGACCCAGAUAAACAAAUGUUCGGCAACUUUAGUCGAGAAUUUAAAAGUGGAAGCUGAUAACAAGAGGACUUUUGAUUUUAAAACCACAUGCGACGCAUUCACAAUGGAUUGCAUAGCCAGCACAGCGUUCGGACUGACCAUCGACUCCAGGACUUGGUGGAACAUGGUUGGUGCGGCUUCAAAAUUUUCCCCAGAGAAUUGUGACUCUGGCACCUUGGACCCCAUGCGUUUCAUGCCGUUCGGGGCUGGCCCGAGAAACUGCGUGGGCGUGAGGCUGGCCAAGAUGGAGAUCAAGAUGGCCGCCGUCCACCUCAUCAGGAACUUCCGGUUUGUCGUCACUGAGGAAACAGAUGUGCCACCGGUGUUUGAGAAGUUGACAAUUAAAAAUGUGAAUGGCAUCAAGGUAGGAGUUGAGAGCAGAUGAUCUGCGCACGACGUUUUGUGUUUUCAUUUUCGAGUACUUCGCCAUACGACUGAGACCUAUUAAAUGUUUUCAUUAAACACGUAGUGGUACAUGUUUAAUUAUGCAAAGACACAAAACCUU